UCUAAACACAUUUGAUUUAAUGCAUUGACAGAACGUUAAGCACGUCGUCGGACACGGAUUAGGCCACCACUCAGAAGAAGAGAUCUACGAGUUUGGCAGGUCUGACCUCAAAUCUCUGAGCGAUUUCUUGGGCGACAAGGAAUUCUUCUUUGGCAAAGAGCCUCAUUUGUUGGAUUGUGUGGCGUUCGCACAUGUCGUGCAGUUCCUGUACAUCCCAUUCGGCGGAUUCAAGGAAUGGAUGGAAACCGAGACCUCAAACCUUGUACAGCACGCCGAGCGCAUGAAAGCCAAGUAUUGGGCCGAUUGGGACACCAUCUGCAGCACCUUAGAUAUGAAUCCACAUUUGCCUAAACGAGAGCUGACGCCUGAGGAGACCGAGAAGAUCAAGAAAGCGGAACAGAAGAAAGAGGACGACAAGAAGAAGAAAGAGGAGAAAAAGAAACAACAGGACGAUAAAGUGAAGGCAAGAGAGGCGAAGAAGUUGAAAGACGCGGAGGAAAAGGAGCGCAAGAAGAAGGAUAAGGAAGAGAAGGAUAGACUAGAGAAGGAGAAGCGGGACAAAGAAAAGGCCGAUAAGGAGGAGAAGGAAAAGGCAGACAAAGCAGAGAAGGAGGCGAAGGAAAAGGCGGACAAAGAGAAAGCGGACGCCGAGAAGGCAGAGAAGGAAAAGGCGGCCGAAGCGAAGCCGACGGAAUCGACGCCAGAAACCAAAGAGAGUGCGACCGAAGAGGCGGCCAAAACCGAAGCGACCGACGAGUCGGGCGACAAAAAAGAAUGAAUUCGUUCUGUAGUUAUCAAUAAUUAAUUCAUUUCUUCUCUCAUACUCUCAACAGCCCAUCAAAUGACCAAAAAUUUUAAUCAAUUUCUACUUUGUUUUUGAGCCAAUUUUCUUAAUUUUUUUUAAUUAUUCAUUUGGGACU